UACCUUUUCCUCCAGCAUCAUGGCCUCUGACUUGGAAAGCAGCCUCACGUCCAUCGACUGGCUCCCACAGCUCACCCUUCGAGCCACCAUUGAGAAGUUAGGGGGUGCUUCACAAGCGUGCCCACCUGGGGCUGCCCGGAAGUGCCCUCCUGGCUCACCCACUGACCCAAACGCCACUCUGAGCAAGGAUGACGCUGCGAUCCAUCAGGAUGGGAAGCCGCGCUACAGCUAUGCCACGCUGAUCACUUAUGCGAUCAAUUCAUCGCCUGCCAAGAAGAUGACCCUCAGUGAGAUCUAUCGCUGGAUCUGUGACAACUUUCCCAACUACUACAAGAAUGCGGGAAUUGGCUGGAAGAACUCGAUUCGUCACAAUCUGUCUCUGAAUAAAUGCUUUCGGAAAGUGCCUCGCCCGCGGGAUGACCCUGGAAAGGGUUCUUACUGGACAAUAGAUACCUGUCCCGACAUCUCCCGGAAGAGGCGGCACCCGCCAGAUGAUGACUUAUCACAGGACUCCCCAGAGCAAGAAGCGAGCAAGAGCCCACGGGGGGCUGUCCCCGUCAGCUCAGACACAUCACUGUCCCCUGAGUCCACGCCCCAGCUUUCGCUGCAAAGCACCUCGCCGAUUGGCAACUACAGUCAGGGCGCAGGGCCGGUCGACGUGGCAGCCACCGUGGCUGGAGGGCAGGGCCGCGAAGGAACGGAGGUGCCGCCGCCCCACUACAACGCCAGCCAUGACCUGAAGUUCUCCUACUCCGAGAUCAACUUCCAGGAUCUGAGCUGGUCAUUCCGGAACCUGUACAAAUCAAUGCUUGAGAAAUCCUCCUCCUCCUCCCAGCAUGAUUUCUCUUCCCUCCUGGGUGACAUGCAGCCCUCCAAUCACAACUACUACAUGUACCAGCAGCAGCAGCAGCAGAUGCCCUCUGCAGUGGGGGCUGCACCUUCCCUCCACACGCCAGCCCCAGAGGGCUGCCCAUCCCAGGGUGGCAAGCAGCAAGCGAGUGAGAACUAUGGCCCCCCGCCUGUGAUGUCCAUUCACCCCUCUCCCAUGCAGCAUGGAGGAUACCACCAGCACCCGCAGCACCACCCACACGCCCAUUCGCAGCAGCAGCAGCAACAGCAGCAAUCGCAGGCUUCCAUCAAUAGUGCUAGCUUUGCAUUUCCCCCUGACUGGUGCUCCAACAUUGAUUCCCUGAAGGAAAGCUUCAAGAUGGUGAACCGACUGAACUGGUCAAGCAUUGAGCACUCUCAGUUCUCAGAGUUGAUGGAGAGUCUGCGCCAAGCUGAGCGUAAGAACUGGACCCUCGAUCAGCAUCACAUUGCCAACCUCUGUGACUCCCUCAAUCACUUCCUUACCCAGACCGGCCAGCUCCCUCACCUGGGAGGCCCACAGCACCCUUCCCGGAUCUCCGAGUCCUGCGCCAUGAGCAGUGGCAAGCAGGAGCAGCCCAUGAACCAAGUGAGCUCCUAUGGUCAGCCACAGCCACCGCAUCUCUAUUCUGGACCAUCUCCAAUGUACCAGAUGCCCACCCAGGACUCUCCAGCAUAUAAUCGCCCAGGUCAUCAUCUGGUUCCGCGGCCACCUCCGGGCGCCAGUGAGGAAAUCCCUGAUGAUUUCAACUGGGAUUUGAUCACCUAGCAAGUUACAGACUUGACCGCAUGUCCCUUGCAUAGGGUGUGGGAAGGGGAGUCUGGAUGGGGGGGCACGCUCAGUCGCAGGGCCAACACCCUCAGCCUCUCUGCCUUGCCUGUAUAUAGGUAUAUAGUCUCUCCUUCCGCCAGAGAAGCUGCUGCAAGAUGCUGCCGAAGAUAAUCCUUCCUGAUGCCCUGUUUUGCCCUCCUUUUUUUCUUUAGUUUGUUCUUCUUAUUAUUAUUAUUAUCCAUAAUUGUGCACAGCCCCUCCACUCCAUCUCCUGGCCUCGAAUUUGACAGGCUGCCUGGCAGCUUCUGAGGGAGGGGGCUGGAAGACUGUUAUUGUGGUGCCGUGAGAGGAGUCCCGGAGGGCAGCUUGUGUUGAGCGAUCCCCCUGCCCCUUCCGGGUGGUCCGUGACUCUGUUGUAUUGGCUGCAAGACUGAGAGAGCCUUGUGGAUCUUGAAAGUCUGUAAUCAUUAUGUUCUUUCUUAAAUGUUGUAACGGUGCGAGGGGAGGGGGUGGGAGGGGUGCCGAAGGGAGAUCUCACGUCUCUGAGCUUUCUCACACCAGCUGGGGCAGGAAAGGGGGAGGCCUUGAGAGCAGGAAGUGGCUGGAAUGGAGGCUGGCCAGAGGAAGGGGUGACUGAGGACUUCUCUGGCUCUAGCGUUAUGGAGGGGGGCGCGUGUGGCCAAUGGGGGCUGAGUGUCGGGGGAAGAGGGGGGCGGGGGGGCUUGCCCUGUUUCGUACACUGCCCUUUCCCAAUCACUGCCCUGAGCAGACGAGGAAGGUGCUGUUCGUGUCGCUUGUGUCCAUGUCGUGCGGGUCGGACACCUUUAUGGAACCAGACUCCUCAGGGCUUGCCUGUUUUCUUUAUUGCCUUCUCUAAUAAUGCAGCAAGGCUUCUUAUUUGAAUAUGCAGAUAAGAAAUGCAAAUCAAGAAGUGCCCCUUUUACCUGCAAGCUUUUCUUUUUUAAAAAAAAUUAAAGUUCUAAAUUUUAUGUCCCCUCAAUUCUCUGGAAAGUGUUGUGGUUUGUGAUGGGAGGGUGGGAACCGAGGGCGUCUUCCCUGCCUUUGUGCAGGUGAACCAUUCACACUUCCUGCCUUGUGGCUCGAGAGGACUGUGACGCUGAGUGGCAUGUGGGGGGAGGCCUCGCUGGGGACAGUCUAGGGAGGAAAGAUGGGCAGCUGGGAGGGCCCCUUCCGGUGGGCGGCUGCGUGGCCGUCGUGUCAGAAGAGCCCUGGGUUUUGGAGCUGGUUCUGGCAGGGUGGCCCCUUCUCAGCACUUUGUGUUCCGCUUCUUGCAUGCCCCCCCUCCCCCCCGGACUUUCCCUCAUGUUCUUCAUAACCUUCCAGCAGCAAGCCUGUUUUGUGUGAGGGGGAAACCAAGCUGGAAACGAAAACAGUCGUCCGUCCGUCUGUCGUGGGAACAAUGCCGUGCCAGGGGUGGGAAGUUCUGUAGCAUUGCCUUUAACUGGCUGUCUCCUUGGAUUUUGAGGGGGGGAGGGGCUCUUUUGGUCUUGGGAGGGGAAGGGUCAUCGUUGUGUGCUCUGAGAGGAGAAUACCUGAGCCAGAUGUGUGGAGGAGUUUUCAUUGUAGAUUGCAACGCCCCGAGAAGUGACCAGGAGGUUCUUGUUGGUAAGGGCUGGCUGAACACAGUGGAGAGAGAUCGUCUCUCCUCUGGAUCCCAACUGGUGCUUUUCCCAGGCCCCUUGCGAGCAGGCCUCAGGGAAGAAGGGGGGCGUGCCUUCCAGAGGGUGCUGGGGGGGGAGGGGUUAAUAACAGGUCACUCCUUUAUGUAUUCAGAGGCUCCUCAUUUGCAUCGUCCGUUGCGCCUUGUUUGUAUAUGUAAAUAUAUGCAGGUCCGUGUGCAAAUUAGCCAGACCCUCUCUUUGCCUCUGAACACACUGCAUUGUUCCGAGUGGGUCCACAUUGGAUUACGUGCGCAGCCGUGGACUCAGCACUGUGAGCGGCCGGCACAGCCUGUCCAAGACCCCGAGUGAGGCCCGCCGUGCCCGCCUGCCUCCGGGAGAGGGACCCCUCACCUGCCCACCUCUCGCCGGGCCACCCACAGUGCUUUAUGUCAAGGAGAGAGACGAGCGAGAGAUGUGGUGGCCUCACAAAUUUAUUUUUGUGCAUGCUUUCUUAAUAAAAAAAGUGAAUGUUUAA